CGCUAUUGAAAGGUUGUUGCUGAAUCAUGCAAAGAUGUCGGGGUUCUUGGCCUCCGGAGGAGAAGAAUCCAAUCCAGGCCAGAGACGAGGCUGGAUCGCUCAGAGCUUUUGUAUAAGAAAGUUUUAUUAAAGUAUAAAGGAGAUAGAGAAAGCUUCUGACAUAGACAUCAGAAGGGGGUAGAAAGAGUACCCCCUUGCUAGUGUUAGCAAUGGAGUUAUAUACUCUCCAAAGAAUCCAAAGAAUGUCUGGAGGUUGUAAAGACCUCACCAGACCUACUCCCAUAAUUUACAUUUUAAGAUAACAGAAUUGGCCAGAAGGUUUAAUCCAAAGACUGUCCUCAGGCAGGAUACAUCCUUGUAAAGACCAGACCUACUCCCAUAAUUUAUGUUUUAGAACGUGAAAGUGAAAGUGAAGUCGCUCAGUUGUGUCCAACUCUUUGCGACCCCAUGGAUUGUAGCCCACCAGGCUCCUCCAUCCAUGGGAUUUUCCAGGCAAUAGUACUGGACUGGGUUGCCAUUUCCUUCUCCAGGGGAUCUUCUUGACCCAGGGAUCGAACCUGGGUCUCCCGCGUUGCAGACCUAAUUUAUGUUUAUGUCUAAUUUAUGUUUUAAGAUAACAGAAUUAGCCAGAAGGUUUAAUCCAAAGACUGUCCUCAGGCAGGAUACAUUAUUGUUAUAUAACCCUAAAGAAUGUAGAGGAAGCCCGGGCCUGCCGCUGGAGCAUGAAGGACCACUCGAAUUCUGUUUGGAGGCUUCUUUGAGCUCGCAGAGUAGACAUCAUGAGCAAAGCACACCCUCCUGAGUUGAAGAAAUUUAUGGACAAGAAGUUAUCAUUGAAAUUAAAUGGUGGCAGACAUGUCCAAGGAAUACUGCAGGGAUUUGAUCCCUUUAUGAAUCUUGUGAUAGAUGAAUGUGUGGAGAUGGCAACUAGUGGGCAACAGAACAAUAUUGGAAUGGUGGUAAUACGAAGAAAUAGUAUCAUCAUGUUAGAAGCCUUGGGACGAGUAUGAGCAACGGCUGUGUUCACCAGAGAAAUCAACUGCCUCCAUGUGUCCCCUUCGCCACAAUUUACUACCAGAAAAAUUGGGUUGUGUACAUUUUCUUACUGAACUUUUUUGUUAAAUAAACUUUUGUAAUAGCCAAAAAAAAAAAAAAAAAA